AUGGAAGGGAAGGACGCCACGCUCGCCCUGCCGGAGCUGCUGAAGGAGGAGGUGCAGUCGCCGCCGCUGUCACCGCUGUCGCCGCGCAGCAGCGACGACGAUGAGACCGAGGCUGAUGACAGCGACGGCGAGGAAGAGGAAGGCGGGGCUCCUGUUGGGACCGGCGGUACCGUAGUCAGCGGGCCUCCGAUGAUGAAGGGGCCGUGGACGUCCGAUGAGGACCAGCGCCUGAGGACCUACGUGGAGGCGCAUGGCGAGGGCAACUGGAACCAGGUCCAGAGGAACGCCGGGCUGAACCGGUGCGGCAAGAGCUGCCGCCUUCGCUGGGCGAACCACCUCAGGCCCAACCUCAAGAAGGGUCCCUUCUCCAAGGAGGAGGAGCAGAAGAUUAUCGAGCUUCAUGCGCUGCACGGGAACAAGUGGGCUAAGAUGGCGUCCGUUUUAGAAGGCCGCACGGAUAAUGAAAUUAAGAAUUUUUGGAACACAAGAAUAAAGAGGCUCCAGAAAGCUGGUCUAGGCCUUUAUCCAGAUGGUUUAUUAUCUCGGUUGGCAAAUCAAGAGAUGGGUUCUCAUAGUCCUGAUGAUUCACGUGGGAAGAAACGGCAAAAUGAACUCUCACAGGGAAUUGGUCUUGAAUUUGAUGAUAUUAUAUUUGAGAAAUUAGACUAUAAAAAGCAGUCAGACAAUUUCCUUACACCAAAUUUUACAAUUCAAGAUUCCCUUCCAAUGAAUGACAUUAACUACCCUUUGAAGCGGCAUGCAUCUUCUGGCAUAGUAUCAGACUACGGUGGCAGUCCUAAGUGUGGACAAUUUUCUAAUGAGACUGAGGAGGCUUCUUACAAUGAUCUCAACUCCGAAAUGUCAAUUGUUUCUUUUAAUAAUGUCAUUUCCAAUAGCAUGCCAUUAUUAGAUGACAAUUUCCCUAUUUCCGGGAAGAUAUUGCCCAUUAAAAUGGAGCUCCCUUCAUUCCAAUAUGUCGGUUAUGAUACAAGCACCAACUUGUUGUGUCCUUCAUCAACUCUUCCUGAACAGGUACAUGGAUUUGGGGUCCCUACCCAGUUCGAAGGAGAGUUUGACUCAGUGUCAUUUCCAUAUGGUUACCAUUUUAUUCCGCCCUCUUCAAUCUUUGAUGACAAUACCCUUGAGUACAGUUCUUUUAAUGAACUUAGAACCUACAAAUCACCUACUGACUUGGAUGCUAUUUUCAUGGACAACAAACAUAAUGCAGAUAUAUUACAUGAUAAAUAUUUUUGCUCAGAUCCUUGCGCGACAGAUGUGUCAGCAGAAGCAAGAUUUUUGAAUGAAGAUUCAACACACUCAGAGUAUCAAACCAACAAUGGUCCACUUAAUGCAUUACUUUAUGGAAAUUUUUGUAAUGAUGUUACAUUAUCAGUCAGGGAUGAUGGCCAUCAGACUCUGCUUUCCAGUAAUGGCGUACCCAAUACACACCACUUGCCUGGAUAUUAA